UCGACACGAUGAAGUUACUUUCAAUGCUUGCUGUUAUCGGUCUUGUACAGAUCAGUUUAGGUGAAAAAACGCUCGACCAGAUUCGUGACGGAUUCAAAGCGAUGGAUGGCGUAAAAUCAAAAAAUGUUGAUGACUUGAUCAUCAUUUUGCAGAUGCUCGCUAUGGUGCAUCGAUCGACCGAAUCUGAAUGGGAUGCUUGUGUAGCAACUCUUCUGACCUUGGCUGUGGAUGAGGGAUUUUCGAGAACAAAUCGUACAGUGUUUGAUGUUUGGCAAAAAUACACGAAAAACUUGAUUGAAUUUAAAUUUAGCGGCGAUAUUGAAACGAACUCAUCGCCAGACGAAAUUAUCGCGAAAAAGCUUAAAAUCAUAUUGGCCAAAGAGUUGAACACUUCCAAAACAAAUGAGGCGAUGGGAUUCAUGUCGAUACUCAGAACGCCAAGUCUUUCAGAAAAACGAAAAGAGAUCGAUCUAUACGUAUUUGCAUUCCACAAUGCACUGGGCGUUUCUAAAGGGAAGACAUGUGCCAUUUUAUUUGCAGACGAGACUGAUGUUAAUUGCAGCAAAUAUGGAAUUUAAUCGGACAUGAAGAUCACUAGAAUAGUUUUUUUUAGUUGU